AUGGUGAUUGUACCUGAGACAAUUAAAAGCUUGGAAUUGCUUAGCUUAGGUGACCCAGCCAGAAACCACCUCACAGCAAUCCCUGGACUGGUAGAGUGUUGGUGCGAGCUCAUGUGGGCAGCUCUGAGAUCUCGUUCUCUUCCUCUUUCACCAUCAUGUUCCUCGUUUAUUCAACAAUGGAGGUUAGGGUUGUCGAAUCUCAAUCGCACGCUAUGUUCGGUGUUGACUGAGACAACUGAUAUCGGUGACAACAAAGGCUUACUGGACCUGCAAGAGGUCGAGAAAGUUCUCAGCGAUGUUAAAGCAGACAACAUCACAGUCAUUCCCGUUAAAAAGCACUGCGAUUUCGCCGACUUCAUGAUCGUCGCCACCGGUCGAUCCCCUUGGCACGUCCGCAAUAUAGCUCAAGCCCUAAUUUACAAGGUUAAGCAGAAGCAAAAAGGAGCCAAGAGGAUGUUGUUGCCCAGUGUGGAAGGGCAAGAGGGAGGCAAGUGGAUUGUCAUCGACUCUGGCACAUUGAUAGUUCAUGCUCUUGAUGAGAAAGUGAGAGCUUAUUACAAUUUGGAGAGGCUUUGGACCGCAGAGACAUCAAACAAAGAACAAACUCAGGAAUUGGAGAAGGCUUUCGUGAAGGUGCGCCGCAAGAAUAACUCUAAAAAACCUGUGCAGUCAAAUGGUUAGGAUAGUCAUCCUCGAGUAAUAUCCUGGAAACUGUGCUCGACCUCCUGAUGGUAAUUUCUGCAUGAAAGGGAAUUCUUGUUUUCAACGUAUUCUAAAGCUUCUUAUCUCGACUUAAAACUGUCAAGAGUUCUGUUUUGCACUGCUCAUUCGUGUGUGACUUCUCAUACCAACGCAACUACUGAUCCACACUGAUUGGCUAGCUCGGAAGUAUAUUUUGCCUUAAGUUUGCAUUUUGGACUAUGAUUUUGUAGGGGGGGAAUAUCCCUAACUGCCAUAUUUCUUCUUUGUUGGCUUUGUAUUUUGGAAGCCCUUCAUAUUCUGGAGAAAGAGUUGCAUAUUGUAGGCAAAAUGGCCAGACAACCAUAACUCUGAAAAGAUAACAUUGUCGACUGUAAUCACUUUUUUUCUCCUCAAAGCUCCCUUGAAACCCCUGGUGAAAUCAUUAGAUUCGGGUUUUUAUGGAUGGCUAGAAUUUUGGUCUAUGUUGGUUUCCACUUUGUGCAGUCUAAUGUUGUAGAGGAUGUAUGGACCUACAUUCAAAACAACUUCUCGAAGUGCAAUAUGCUGAUAAAAAAAACUGCAACAUAAGCAUUUUAUUCAUAAAGUGCUCGUAUUUU